CAACGAACAAGACCGGAAGCACAGAAUGACUGCCAAACCCGAUAAACCAAUCAACGCUUCGCGGUCUUUUUUCUUAACCUUGUUGGAGUAGGCGGAAAUGUUGCAUGUUCUUGUUUUUGUAACGUGGAGAGAUAUAAACGGCAUCUGAUGGUGUAGUUGGUCGUUUAUCCAAUUCAAAGCUAGGCAUGCGUCAAUACCAACCCAGUGACCAUGCCUCUCCACAAGUACCCCUCAAAGAUCUGGGAAGCCCUUAAACUGAAGCAGGGGAUCUAUGCCUUCCUCCCCAAACACUACCUCUGCUCUCUGGAGGAGACUACGCAGGCCACCCCGGUCCACUGGAAGGCCCUGGGAGUCAAAUACAGGGCCAACCCCAAAACAGGGCACAAGAAGUGGGUCCAAGACAUCCCCAUCCCCAUUUUACCCCCUGAGUCCCAGGACGGCCUAUGGGGAGGUGAAGGAUGGAUAUCAGGCUUCAGAUAUGCAAACAAUGACAAACUCUCCACCAGGCUGGAAAGAGUCUGGAAGCCCCAGCUGUUCACCAGAGAGCUGUACAGUGAGCUCCUCAACCACAAGCUCACCAUCACCGUCACGGCUCACAUCCUUGACCUCAUUGACUAUUACAUCCUGAGGACACCAAAGGAGGACCUAAUGGACCUGAGGCGGGCCAUGCUCCUGAGGCUGGCCUUUAAAGACACCAAGCUCGACCCAAAGGACCCUGUCAAGAGGGAGAGGAUCUACACCAAGCACAAGGAGUUUGAGAUCCCCGCAGAGGAGGCUGAGUGGGUUGGCCUGAGUGUGGAUGAGGCCGUGGAGGAACAGAGACAACUGGAGCACAAGGAGCCGGAGCCUUUGUUCAAGAGCUGUGUGGAGAACCCGGUGAAGGAGCUGGCCAUCCAGAAGCUCUCUGAACAACAGCUGGUGGAGGAAAAAGUAAGGGCCAUUUUUUCGAGGAGCGCUGAGGUCACUUCCUGUUGAUGGUGACACUUGGGGACACUUGGUGGUCACUUGGUCCCAUUGAAAGACACUUAUUUAUUCAGGUUCUAUUUUUCAGCAGCUGAUUUGGGCUGAUUCAUCUGGGUUGUUACCUUGUAAAUAUUACCCAUUCAGUGCUAUAUCAUUUGUCUAAGGAAUAAAAUAUUCAUUUUUAAUCUGUUUUUAUUGGCUGAUUCUUAGUUAUUGUUGUGGUUAGUUGUACGGUACUGGGCUCUUGAUUCCUAAUCUAGACUGUCAUACUCAUGUUUAUCCUCUAGAUGGGAGUGACUACCCCUUUUUCAGUAUCAUUUUAAGAACGAUAGAAGACAGCCAUGGGCCUCAUUUAUCAAAGGUGCGUGCACACAAAAAAAUACUCUAAACCUUGCGUGUGCCCGUUUUUCCACAAAGGUUGGUAUUUCUCAAUUUUGAUGUUUAUGGGAAAGUGUGCGUAUCGCACAUACAGCUCAGACCAUAUGUGAAAAACUCAUUUAUUUGAAUGCAUUCAGUUGUGCAACUGGCUAGGCAUCCCAUUUCCCCAUGCGUAUGCACAACUUCUAGUGGUUGAACAAUUGUAUUGCAAGCAAAUGUUGUUAUUUUGGGGGUGUUUGAUGCAUGGGUAUUAUAGUAAUGGUAGGCUACUAAAAACAUUAUAAUGUAGGCCUAAUGAUAACAUUGGUGAAUAAGAUCAGAUAGCAGCAUGAAUCCUCAUAUUUAUUUUGCUUUUAUUAUAUAGCUUAGGCCUAAAUCAUCAUCAUUUGCAGGACAUGUCUCUCCAUUUCUGUCAUGACUGGUUUAUUCCUGCUACACAACAAAUAGGUUAUUCCAC